AUGGAAUCCACUUCUUGGGUUGCAUACGCUGCCGCAUGGCUAGGAGCACUCGCUCUCAUCCUCCUCUCCCGCCACCUCCGCCACCGCAAGCUCAAUUUGCCGCCAGGUCCAAAACCCUGGCCCAUAAUUGGAAACCUCAACCUCAUAAGCCAACUUCCCCACCGGUCUAUCCAUGCACUCGCCCAAAAAUAUGGGCCCAUCAUGUACCUCAAGUUUGGGUCGCACCCGGUCGUCGUGGGCUCUUCGGUUGAAAUGGCUAAGGCGUUUCUGAAAACCCACGACGUUACCUUUGCCGGACGACCCAAAUUCGCAGCCGGUAAGCACACCACAUACAACUACUCGGACAUUACUUGGUCCCCUUACGGCCCAUAUUGGCGCCAGGCCCGUAAAAUGUGCAUAAUGGAGCUUUUCAGUGCCAAACGCCUAGAGUCGUAUGAAUAUAUCAGAAAGGAGGAAAUGAACGCAUUGCUCAGAGGCUUAUUUGAGUCCUCCAACACAAACAUUUUGCUGAAAGAUCACCUUUCAACUGUGAGUCUUAAUGUUAUAAGCCGCAUGGUGCUCGGAAAGAAGUACACGGACGAGUCGGAAGACUCGAUCGUGAGCCCCGAUGAGUUCAAGAAGAUGUUGGAUGAGCUCUUCUUGCUGAGCGGGGUGUUGAAUAUUGGUGACUCAAUACCGUGGCUUGAUUUCUUGGACUUGCAAGGGUACAUAAAGAGAAUGAAGGCUUUGAGCAAGAAGUUGGAUAGGUUCUUGGAGCAUGUGUUGGAUGAACAUAUUGCAAAGAGGAAGGCAGAUGGUGAAGACUUUGUUGCAAAAGAUAUGGUUGAUGUGCUUCUGCAACUUGCUGAUGAUCCUGACCUUGAAGUUAAGCUUGAAAGACAUGGGGUCAAGGCCUUUACCCAGGACCUAAUCGCCGGUGGAACGGAGAGCUCAGCAGUGACCGUCGAAUGGGCAAUUUCAGAGCUGCUAAAGAAGCCGGAGUUUUUCAAGAAGGCAACAGAGGAGCUAGACAGGGUGAUUGGAAGGGAGAGAUGGGUUGAAGAGAAGGACAUUGUCAACUUACCCUAUGUUGAUGCCAUUGCCAAGGAAACCAUGAGGCUGCACCCAGUGGCGCCCAUGUUGGUGCCAAGACUAUCCCGAGAAGACUGCCAAGUUGCUGGCUAUGACAUCCCCAAGGACACCAGAAUCCUAGUAAGUGUCUGGGCCAUAGGAAGAGACCCUCAACUUUGGGACAACCCAGAAGAGUUUUGCCCUGAUAGGUUCCUUGGCAAGGACAUUGAUGUCAAAGGCCAGGACUUUGAGCUUCUCCCAUUUGGGUCAGGCAGGAGGAUGUGCCCUGGCUACAGCCUUGGCAUCAAGGUGAUCCAGGCAAGCCUGGCCAAUCUCCUACAUGGGUUUACAUGGAGAUUGCCUGACAACUUGAAGGAGGAGGAUUUGAACAUGGAGGAAAUUUUUGGGCUUUCAACUCCAAAGAAGUUUCCUCUUGUUGCAGUCUGUGAACCUCGUCUUCCACCUCAUGUUUACUCACUCUGAUUUUUAUCUUAGUUUCAGUUACUUCUCUUCUUCCCUCUGAAUAAUUACUAUUGGGAUGCUAAGUUUUACUACCAAAAAAAUUAGCACUAUUGUAAGAUUAUGAUGUGUGUGAUCAAAAUCCAGAGGCUCUUAUUGUAAUUUCCUGUUCUUUCCACUUUUCUCCUCCUCCGUGGACAUGGUAAAUUU